CUGUGCUAGCACAAUAUUUUCCAAAUAAAUGAUAAUAAGGAUUUCGAUAUCUCCGAAAUUCUAAGUAGACUGGCAAUACACAAAUGACGUUCGCAGCAGUUAUCGAUCGCGAAUAAAAAUAGUUCCAUAUAAACACUUGUAGCUUUUGCCGUGUGGACACGAUUCGCUGACCAAACAACGCGGAUCAAACAACAUUAUCAUAACAACGUUUCGCCAAACGCGCUUCCAAGUAGUCUCAGAGACACGACGUGGACAGCACGGCGUCCGACUUGCUUGUUUGCUUUUUAAAUUACUUUUAACAUGAUUAAAUUAGUUGUUCUGUUAUGUGCGCUUGGAAUUUGCGGUAAAGUUUUCGGUCUCGAAACGACAACGUACGAGUUAUUAAUGCCUAAUGUCUAUCCACACAGGGAUGAGCUAUACCUCUGCACUCCCAUCCGGAUCUUCCCAGACAGAAGCUACUUCCUAGUGGGAUUUGAACCCAACGCGAGCAUGCACACAGCCCAUCACAUGCUGCUAUAUGGAUGCUCAGAACCAGGCUCCAAUGACAGUGUUUGGAGUUGCGGUGAGAUGUCAAGCAAUGAAAUUGACGCUCAGUACAACACUGCAAGCCCUUGCCGCUCAGGGUCUCAGAUCGUGUACGCAUGGGCUCGAGACGCUCCGAGCCUGACGCUCCCCGAGGGAGUCGGGUUCCUAAUCGGCAAGAACUCGCCCAUCAAGUACUUGGUGCUGCAAGUGCAUUACAUGUCGAAGUUCCCAGAAGGCAAAACGGAUAACUCGGGUGUCUUUCUGAAGUAUACACAGGAACACAUGCCGCGCCAAGCCGGCGUGUUCCUGCUCGGCACCAGCGGAGCCAUUCCUCCGAAGAAAGUGGAACAUAUGGAGACGGCCUGCACUAUGGUGGAGGAUAAGGUCAUCCAUCCUUUUGCGUUCCGAACUCAUACUCAUGCUCUUGGAAAAGUAGUAACCGGCUAUGUAGUCCGCAAGAACGAGCAGGGCGACGAAUGGAACCUGAUCGGCGAGAAGAACCCCCAGCUGCCCCAAAUGUUCUACCCCAUACAAGACCCCUCGCCUAUUAGCAAGGGAGACAUCAUUGCUGCUAAGUGUGUGAUGAAUAAUACUCACGAACACACUGUUAGGAUUGGCGCCACGAACAAGGACGAGAUGUGCAACUUCUACCUGAUGUACUGGGUGGAGAACGACACUCCCCUCGAACAGAAGUACUGCUUCUCGGCCGGCCCGCCCUACUACUACUGGUCGCGGGCUCCGCAGAACUUCAACCGCAUACCUGUCCAAGAUAACUCCAAGUACACGUAAAUGAUUUCACCAUGUUUUCCUCACAAUUUGCUACCAAGGAAUGCAAGCAAGCAGAUUUAAGGACAAACUCCACCGGAUUUUUUGCAGCGCGAACGCAAGGAUGUGUUCAUGUUCAAGUUCCCUCUCCUGCAGCUCUGGGCUUUCGGCUCUAUGUGGAUUUUACUAUGUUAGCGGUACACCAAAUGGUUAAAGGUUUUGAGCAGCGAUGUGGCCUUUCAUGUAGAUAAAAGUCUAAAAAAAAACGAAAACCUGCAUCUGGGAUUGAAACGUCCAAGGAAAAAGCUGGCACUAGCUGCAAGGAGUACACUGGCUAUAGUUCUUAUACUUCCUGCGUUUCAUAUUUUCGUAAGGUACAUUUAUAUAUAUAGUUCGUUUUUUAGCAUUAGAAAAAAGGCAAGAGAUCUUGUCGUGUCUUUUCAAAUCGAAAAAAUAAGUCAAAUCAAAUCAAAUAUGUACAGAUGUAGUAAUAAUCCUUUCCCAUCGUUUUCUUACGGAAACAUACGAACGUGUUAUGCUAUUUCAGUCAGUCUCAGUACAAAAUGUACUGCGGUUGACUGAAGUAUCAUGACAAAUACGAACGAUCCCGAGAAAAUACGAUGGGAAAGGAUUAUUCACUACAUCUGUAACAAUCAUAAAUCUUACACGAUUAUUUAUAUUCUUAUGUUUUCAUAAGUAAUAUAAACAAUUUUUUAAAGUGUUUUUCAGUAAUAAAAAAAAAAAGAUACGUCAACAUUGUUCACCUAUUUUCGAAUGCUAAAAAGCGAACGUUGAAGGAAGUUUAACCUUCUACACAGUUGGUUACAUUCUAUAUUUAAAUGAUGGCGGCCUACUAACAGCCGGCUAGAAUUGAACCAAUUCAGGGCCAGUUGCACUUGCCACAAUUGACGGACUGAUCACAAGUUCGUGAAUUUACCGGUACUUAACCCUCGUACUAGGUAGCAUACUUUGAGAAAGACUUAAGAGCUCUGCCGAUUUCGGUAAUAAUAAACAAUACUAAAGGCCUAUGUAGCGCGUAUGUCGAUUAAAGUCUAAUUUGAACUAGACCAUAAUCGCGACAAGCAUAAAUAGUACGUACGAAUUCUGCGACACCCUCUCUUAGACUAAAAAGCAUUAAAUAUAUAUGAAAACUAUGUAUUAGCUAAAUAUGCGCAAAAUACUUCACUGAGUUGAAUAUAUUGAUUCAUAUCUUUCGCUCGCGGAGAUAUAUAUGUAUCACUCAUUUCGCUCAGUGGAUCUGUGGAGUGCGUAAAAGAGAUGGUUGUAAAACACACAGCCAUAAGUGCGACCAAGAUGGCGAACCACUCCGAAACGGUCGUUUCGCAUAUUUGCAUCGUCUCACUCGUUCGGCUUGGCCGGCUCAUUCCAAUCAUGAGUGGGAAAGAGCGAGCAAAGUAACACUGAGAUAGAUGAGUUACUGGGCGAGUUAAAUAUCAAGUGAGUUGAAGAGUGAGUGAGUUCAAUCAAAUAUAGUUCAUGUAAGUUACUCACUCGUGAACGACACUUGUCUACUCAUGGCGACUCCUCGAUACCGUCAUCUCGCGUAGCCGUAACUGUUCUAUGAUGUUAGUCUAAAUCUUAACCCAUUCAUUGCAGGAACGAACUUGACGCUGAAAGGAUUAAUUAGGUUCUAUCUGUUAGUCUAUCAUUUGAAGGCAGCGUACUUACAAAGUAGGUUUCAGUACUUUACUUUGUUACUUUUACUUUUAACUAUAGCGAAAAGAUAUACAAAUCUUACUUAUACAUAGCGUAAAUGAGGAAAAUGAAGGAACUGUUCUAGAGACUGUUUGUCUUAAAACUGCCUUGUCAGUGUUUAGAAAAAGAUGUUGGUUGGCAUCCUUUUCAGCCACACAUAAUCUGUGACAUACCUAUUUCUAUUGACGGAAAAGUAGGGGGAGAAAAGAAGAGAUGUUAGUCAUUAUAAAACAAAACAUUUCAUGUCUAAAAUGUUGUUAUAUAAUUGUACGCGCCUUUUUAGGAUUCCGUAGCCAAAUGGCAAAAAAUGGAACCCUUAUAGAUUCUUCAUGUCCGUCUGUCUGUCCGAUUAUGUCACAGCCACUUUUUUACUUAGCGGUGCUAGUACAAGAGUUUUAUCAGAAACAAAAACGUACGUACUACAUACGUCUGAAAUAAAAUAAUGUGCCGUCCCGAAUCUUGUAGUAAACAUAAAACUGGCACAAACCGUUUUGAAAAUUUCCUAAAAAUAAGGAUUUAGAAUAAAAUUCAAUGCAAGGCCUAUAGGUCUCUGGGCGGGUAUAGGUUAUGUACAGUAAUCUGCAAAGUUAAGUGAAUAGAAAUUUGUUUGUAGGAGGGGGGGGGGGGGGGGGUUUCACUCAACUUUUCGACACUUAACUCUGCAGCGUACUGUACUUAUUGAAAUUUCUCCCAUUAGUAGAAGCACUGCCUGAAUGGUAAACUACCUACUUAUGUCUCCUUCUUUAAAACAAACGUAUGCUACUGUAUUUGUUAUGAGUACCUCUUAAUGAAAUGAAAUGAAUAUAUUUAUUUCAGGCAACUAGUGGCCUAUAGAUUAAAAAAAACCGAGAAGUAUUUUUCACGGGGUAAAAUUCGGUAUCAAUAGACCUACAGUCAGCCGCAGAAAUGCUAAGCGAGCAUGGUGUUCAAAUCAUUUGAAUACACCUUUGUUGUAAACCUCGCAUUUGCGCAUAACAUUAUGAUCACCUGUUCCGCUUAGCCACAUGUGAUUCUGACUCUAAUUUUGUAUUUUUGUCGUGACGUUCCAAAUCUUUUUGUAAAUUAUUUUAAGUUGACUUAUUAUUUAAUUUUUACAUUCCGAUUGCGAAGACUAAGAACGAAAAGUAAACAUUCCUUCAUUCAUGUAUAAAAGUAAUUGAAUUUAAAAAUCUGAAUAGAGAUCUGAAAAAUAAAAUAGAUAUUGUAGCUUCUUUUUUAUAUAUUUUAUUAUUUACAACAUGUCACUCAUAUCUAUUUCUAGUCAUGUAAUAAGGAAGACUUUUAAAUGCAUAUUAAAAUGUAUUAAAAUUACUAUUGAUCUGUCCUCAGUUUUUAAGCAAACGCACAAUUUAUGAAUUGGCUCCAAAAUGUCAAAAAAAAAUAAAAAAAUAACGGCUUAAGGCGAAUAACUCCUAUUCAUAUAAAUUAUACUGUCAUAUUUAUUAUUUGAUUAUGAUCUGAAGUGCAAACAAUUGAUCUGUUAUUUACAAAAGGUUUAGACCAUAAUUAUUCUAUUAUUUUAGUAGUGUUUGUAAAAACAUAGUAUUGGAUUAUUAAAAUCAUAAUCCUACAGCUCCGCAAACGCGCAAAUUAAAAAAAGAAAGUCAUCGUAAUUCGAGGAAAAUGGUAUAAAAAAUAUGUAAAACUGCCGUAUAAAUUAUAUAUACGAGUAUGGGCCGGAAUAAGGAAUGCCUGACGAAUAUUUUUAAACUACACCGCUAAACUCGGCCGUCUAAUUGAGAGAACAUGGUGAUCUUUAUUAUUGUAUUAGAGUUUCAUCAAUAUGUAUAGAUUUUUCCUUGACGAUGACUUUCUAAUUCAGCGAAGAAUUAAGAUAAACUAGUUUUUUAAGCGAGUAUGUAAACCCCUGUAAUAUCUCGAUAUUUUAUGUAAUAUGAAUAAUAUGAUCCACAACAUAUUUUUAUGGUGUAGAUAACUAUAAAUCAAAUCAAAUAAAAAUUCUCAAACGCGCAAUUGUUUAACACGUUAAUGAAUAACUCGAUAACAUCUAAAACUUCUUAAGCCAUACAAAAUAUGUAUAUUCUUCACCUUGAUAUUCUCGGGGUUGCGGUCCCCGAGAAUAAUGUGUAUAUAAAUUAGCAUUAGUUUUUCGUAAAGACAUAAUAAAAAUAUUAGUUUAGGUGACAAAAAACUAUUUAAUAUCUCAUGUCAAUGUUUCCAUGAUUGAUACAUUUUAUUUCCCUAAUGAAUAUCUUUAACGGUCGACUUUGGCUUGCAAUCUGGACUUUGAAAUUGUAUGUAAAUGAUGUAUAUCUCUAAGACUAAACUUAACGCUUAUUCAGGGACUUUUGAACUUUAUAUGUAUUUCUAUAGUACGUUUGAUUUGUCAGAAGUGUCUGAAUGAUCCACUUGACAUUUGGGUUGUAUAUUGGUUUUGAUAGGUCCUCACGGUGUGACUGGGAGAUAUUCGGGAUUCACAGACAAUCUUUUCCGACUGUCUGUGAUGACUUUUUGCACUUUGAAAAGUGUUUAACACAUUGAGUGCCGGAUACCCGCUCGGCAGGUUCUCUGUUCGUAGUCGCUUUCCUCUACAAAGCGGAAAAAUGCUGGGAUCGGCUACGAGCGUAACGCUACGAAAAUGUUGGCAGUGAAUGAAGGAUAAUUUCAAGAUUUAAUGAAUGGCCAUGUCACGCUUUCAUUAAAUCAUGUCGAAUUGAGCCCCAUUCACCUGAGAGGAAGGCAUAAAAAGUAUUAUUAACGUUAUAAUUUGUUGUUAUUAGACUUUAACUUAACAUUCCUGUACAAAAGUGAGCACGUAGGUAUAUUUAUUCCAAAAUGAACCUUGAAUUGAUAUGUUUAGGGUCGAAUUUGAAAAAAAAACACUAUGUAAAAAUGUUAUAUAGUUACAAAAGUGCGCAUAAAAACAGCUCAUUAGAUCUACCUUCUAGAACAUUAUACAACAAGACUUAAUAAAUGUAUCUGAUUUUCAGUAGUGAAAGCCAAAAUAACGCCUGAAUCAAUCAAUUACAUGAACUGGAUAGUCAAUUUCUAUGACUUUAUUUACGGUAUCUAUUAUUACGUUAACUAUUAUACAUUAAAAUAUUUAUAAGAAAUGUAUAGUAAAAGGCUAGAAUAAGUAAAUCAUAUUUAUUCGAUAACUGCUGUAGUAUAUGUAUUUAUAUCAUUUACAAUAUAUUUUAUUCCAUGGAUGUUAAACUAGUAUAACACAUGUUAGCUUUAAAAUUAAUGUUUUAAUCAUAUCGAUGUGCUAAGCUAAAAGCGAAACUUGUUAUAAUAAUUAGUACGUCAUAGUGAGUGGCAAAUAUGGGAAACCCAUGAAAAAUUAUUAAAAAAAAAUGUUAUAUUUUCUCUAUAGCUAUAUUUUAUACCUACUAAUAUCUCUUACUGUAUGUGAUUUACUGGAAACUUAUUAUGAUUGGGUAACAGUAAUAGUACACACCGUCUCGCUCGCGAGUCCAUGCUUGAAGUCGCGCAAGAUAUAUGUGCAAGAUGCGAAGUUUCUCAAUAGUUUGAAAAGUACUAGGUAAUAUCAGGAAAAUUUUACAGAAAACAAGGGAUAAUUGACUAAAGAUAUGGAUAAAUUCGAUUCCAAUACAAAAAUAUUUCCGAAAAAUUUUCUGCGGAGAUUUUGCAACGGAAUCUUUCCGACGGCAUAUAUAAAAGUUUUUUAUUGUAAAAAUAUCAAAAAACUACAUACAGAGACGAAAUUUUUGAAGUCCAUUCAUUGUUACCCGAGCAUACAAAGUAACCAGUAAUAAAUAAAUUAUACAAAAUUUAGUUCCAAAACCUAACAUUCCUACUACAAAUCUCAUAUUGUAUGAAUCGGGGAAGUGCAAAAUAAAUAUACUAUAUCUAUAUUUUA